AUGGAAGCGGAUCCAGAUGAACUUUUAGUAUGGCUUAAGGGAGAUGGAGGUGGUGAACGUGAUCUACAAAUAUCGGCAUUGGAACAACUUUGUAUGCUUGUAUUGAUGUGCGACAAUAUCGAUCGAUGUUUCGAACAGUAUCAGCCGCGACUUUUCUUGCCGGCUCUCUGUGAUAUAUUCAGUGAUCCAUUAGCUCCGACUCGUGUUCUCGAAGUCACUGCACGCGCAUUAACGUACUUUCUGGAUGUAUCGGUUGAUUGUGCGAAAAAAAUCACUCAACAUUCGUCAGCUAUACGUUCAAUGUGCGCUUGUUUGCAAGUCGUCGACAUUGAUGAUCGUACAAACAAAGAUCUAGCUGAACAGAUCAUCAAAGUGUUCGAACGUUUAUGUUCACGAGAAGCAUCGAGUAUUUAUGAGCAAGAUGGUCUUCGUUGCGUAUUAGAUUUUAUUAACAAUUGGUAUUCGGUUAUACAUAAAGAUUCGUUACAAUCAGCACUGAAUGUUGUUGUCAAAUUAAUUGGAAAAAUCGAUCCACAAAAUUCACCGACACUCGAUCGAACGAUCAAAUCAUUAUCAAAUUUAUUGUUACAUGAUGACACAUUUGUGUCCGAUAAUGCAUUGAGAUGUUUUGCAACAUUAGCUGAUCGGUUUGCAAGGAAAAAUGUGGAUCCAGAGCCGUUAAUGCGUUAUUGUUUGAAAGAUGUUCUACUUCGAUCGUUACAUUAUGUAUCGAAACCAACGGGUAGUGCAUUAACGCCGGUUUCAUCGACACCGACAGCAGAUGCGGCUGGAACAACACAUAGUGUAUCAUUGUCAACAUCGAAUACACGAGGUGUUACAACGAAUCUCUCAGUUGUGACUGGUCUUCUAUCGACUCUGUGUCGUGGCAGUGCGAAAGUCACACAUGAUCUUCUUCGUACCGACCUUCCUGAUGCGUUAGAAUCAGCAUUGUGCGGUGGUGACGAACGAUGUGUCUUGGAUACUAUGCGGUUUCUAGAUCUACUUCUAGUUCUUCUUUUCGAAGUAGACACUCGUUCCAAUCAAUCUUUGACGAUAUGA